UUCCUCUUCCCCUUUCACUUUCAUCUGAUGCGCGUUCCUCCUUUUUCUUCUCCCAGCCAAAGCAAAUCCGACCGAAUAACAUCCACCACCACACCACCGCCGGCGAACCGCGACCACUCUCCUCCUUCUCCAUCCAUCACCGCCGCAUCCUCCUCCAUCUUCUGUAUUGAUUCUUUAGUUUAGAGAGCUAUCUCCAUCCAUCCUUCUCCACAAACCCUAAUUGUUGUAACUUAUAAGAGUAGGGUCCUUCUCAGUUCCCACUCAUUCGCUCGCUCACUCACCGUCUCACCGGAGAGAAAGGAUUCACCCACGGCGGCGCAAUGGAAGCGUCUUCGUCAUCAUCAUCGGCGAUAGCACAACAAACUUGGGAAUUAGAGAACAACAUAAUCCCAAUGGAAACUCCUUCAGACGAUUCAAUCUUCCACUACGACGAAGCAGGACAAGCCGAAUUCCAACGCGAUAAGCCAUGGGCAAACGAUCCUCACUACUUCAAGCGUGUCAAGAUCUCUGCACUCGCUCUUCUCAAGAUGGUUGUUCACGCGCGUUCUGGUGGAACAAUCGAAGUUAUGGGUCUUAUGCAAGGUAAAACCGAUGCUGAUUCAAUCAUCGUUAUGGAUGCUUUUGCACUACCUGUUGAAGGAACUGAAACUCGUGUCAAUGCUCAAGCUGAUGCUUAUGAAUACAUGGUCGAUUAUUCUCAGACCAACAAACAGGCUGGGAGGUUGGAGAAUGUUGUGGGAUGGUAUCAUUCACAUCCUGGUUAUGGUUGCUGGCUUUCUGGGAUUGAUGUUUCGACACAGAUGUUGAAUCAGCAAUUUCAGGAGCCGUUUUUGGCAGUUGUGAUUGAUCCGACAAGAACUGUUUCUGCUGGGAAAGUGGAGAUUGGAGCUUUCAGGACUUACCCUGAAGGUUAUAAGCCUGCUGAUGAUCCUAUUUCUGAGUAUCAAACUAUUCCUCUUAAUAAGAUUGAAGAUUUUGGUGUCCAUUGUAAACAGUAUUAUUCCUUGGAUAUCACUUACUUUAAAUCUUCUCUUGAUUCACACCUUUUGGAUCUUCUGUGGAACAAAUAUUGGGUGAAUACACUUUCAUCUUCUCCUUUAUUGGGCAAUGGAGACUAUGUAGCUGGACAAAUCUCGGAUUUAGCCGAAAAGCUAGAACAAGCAGAGAAUCAAUUGGCACACUCACGUUUCGGGCCACUGGUAGCACCUACACCUAGAAAGAAAGAAGAAGAAUCUCCACUUGCUAAGAUCACUCGUGAUAGUGCAAAAAUAACUGUUGAACAAGUGCAUGGUUUAAUGUCACAGGUAAUCAAGGACAUCCUGUUCAACUCUGUUCAUCAAGCUAACAAGUCUCGUACAGAAACAUCUGACCCUGAACCAAUGAUUGAAAGUUGAUUUUGGUUUCUUUUCUACUAGACAUGCAAUUGCAGUUUUUGUGUUGCCGUCUUCAUCAACGGCCAACAGGUUUACUUUCAGCGGAUAGAUUGUUAAUCUAGUUUUGCGUUUUGUUUAAUGCAUUGUAUAUCCUCGUUGGCGUUGCAUCUUACAAAACAUUUUUGAAUUAUCAACCAGGCAAUUGGAUUCAAGUUCUCAUAGAAUUGAUUAUAAAUUGCACACAGUGUAGUUAUAAAUCUUGUGGUUCACAUUUAACAAAUUUUAUUGUGCUUUAUCA